AUCCGAUUGGUGGAAUUUAAACAGAAGACCGCGGACGAUGGAAGUGCGGAGCUGACAGGGUGUUUUGUUAGGUUGAGUAAGAACGGUUAAAUAGCUAGCUAGAACAUUAUAACAACCAGGGAGAAGAAAUAAAACAGGAAGAAAGAAAAUAAGGUUUAAGUCGAAUGUGUAUCACGCAGGAGUAAUUGUAUGUUGUUCUCAAAGUAGUUUAAGAGAAGUUUAUGUAUUUCUCAGAACCAUGGAGUCCUGCUUGAAUUACAAACCCGAGAGAGUGGGCUCUGUAACUGUUGAAGACCUGAGAAAAGAUCUUUUUACAGAAUUCUCCAAAAUACCUGCGUCUCAGGAACCUGUGUUUGGGGAGAAGGAACACUUGCAGGUCUACUUGCGGAUACGUCCUUUGUCCUCCACAGAGAGUGAAUUGGGUGAAUCACAGGAUUGCAUUUCAGUCGAGCUGCCAGAUACUGUGGUUUUAAAGGCCCCUCGAUUAUCACUGACAGCUAGACAAAGUGAAAAACUAGGACCCCAACUUGCACAGCGAUUCCAGUUUUCAAAGGUGUAUGGGCCGGAAACAACACAAAGACAGAUGUUUGAUGGAACAACAAAAGCCCUUGUGAAGGAUGUCCUAGGAGGAGAAAAUUCAUUAGUUUUCACGUACGGUGUAACCAAUGCCGGGAAGACGUUCACGUUCUUAGGCCCUGAAAGUGAUGGAGGAAUUCUGCCCAGGUCACUGAACGUCAUCUUUAACAGCAUUGUGGGACGAGUCUAUACGCAGAAUAACAUUAAGCCCCACCGCUGUGUCGACUUCACAAGACUGACUAAAGACCAGCAGGAGGAGGAGGCCAAGAUUAAGAAAAGCCUCCUAAGAAGAUUAAAAGAGAAUGAUUUGCAAAAAAGCACCUCCAGCAUGUCAAGUUCGGCUAGCAGCACCUUACUAGAGGGUUCGAGCUAUGGUGAGUUAGAUGAAGACAGUCUUUGUUUGGAGGAAGAUUCCCAUGUGAAGUUCUCAGUGUGGGUCUCCUUCUGUGAGAUCUACAAUGAAAACAUCCACGACCUGCUCGACUUUGCCUCAAAUACAUCCCACAGAAGGAGCGUGCUACGACUGUGUCAAGAUGUCAAAGGCAAUACAUUUGUCAAAGAGCUGACAUGGGUCCAGGUAAACAGUGCAGAUGAAGCCUACAAAAUUCUAAAGAUUGGAAGGAAAAACCAGAGCUUUUCAUCUACAAAGCUCAACAGCGUUUCAAGCAGAAGCCAUAGUAUUUUCUCCAUCCGAAUCCUGAGAAUCGAAGACGUGGGUGUUCCUCGAGUCCAGACAAUAAGCGAGCUGUCUCUGUGUGAUCUGGCCGGAUCAGAGCGAUGUGCAAAAACCCAGAACAGAGGAGAUCGCUUAAAAGAAGCUGGGAACAUUAACACAUCGCUGUUAACUUUAGGAAAAUGCAUGAAUGCAUUGAGACUGAGUCAGACACAGUCAAAGUUCCAGCAGCAUAUCCCCUUCAGAGAGAGCAAACUCACUCACUACCUGCAGGGCUUCUUCUGCGGCCGUGGAAAAGCCUGCAUGAUAGUUAACAUCAACCAGUGUGCUUCCAUGUACGACGAAACGCUCAACGUCCUCAAAUUCUCGGCAGUGGCUCAGAAGGUUGUGGUCUUGAACCCCAAACCAGUCUUAAGUGUUGUGCCCAAGAAAUCUGCCCGAGAAGUCUCCAUGAUGAUCAACAAUGUGGACAGGAGAGAAUGGACCAGGAGGAGCACCUUGAUUGGAUGGGAGACAAGCUUAGAAGACGUUCAGGAGGAUGAGGAUGAUGAAGAAAUGGAGGUAGAUGAGGAGGAAGAAGAGGAAAGUGGUGAGGAGAGCAUGGUGGAAAAUACAGUGCUAGAAGCUGCAGAAGAUCAAGAGCUGGGUGAGCUACAGCAGAAGAUUAAAGAGCUUACAGAAGAACUGUCUAAGGAACAAUCUGAAAAAAUGGCCAUGGAAUCUCGAAUCCGGGAAGAAGUUACCACUGAGUUCAUGGAGCUGUUUUCCAAUAUGGAAAAGGAUUACAGUGAACGUCUACAGAGAGAGAAAGAAAUAGCUGAAGAAAGAGCUGAGAGGAGAUUGGAAAUACUUAAGAAUUUAGUCAACAAAAAUGACACUGAGAUGGCAACCACGAGUUCUGCUGAGGAUGGAUCUAAAGAGAUUAGAGUGACGUUCUUGGAUGGGAUGAUUGAAGAGAUGCAAAAUGACCUGGCUAAGAUAAAGAGAGAUGCCGAGGCUGCACAGACGUGUCUGGAGAGCACAGGUCAUUCUCCCAGAGCUGUCAGCAAGCUGAGGACACAGCUGGAUGAGAUGACAAAAGAGCUUCUUAAAAAUCAUCAGCUCCUGGAUAUCAAAACUAAGGAAAUGGAAGAAGUGCAGGUUUGUUUACAAAAUUCCAGUGACCAGCUGCUGGAGGCUAACAAGAAUUAUGAAAAUCAAAAACUGAGAAAUCAACAACUUUUGGAACUCUGCCAAGAAAAAGAUGAAAUGAUCUCCAAGCUUCAGACUGCUUUGGAUCAAAAUGUUGAAGCAGCUAAUGAAGAUAGGGCCUAUAUCGACAGCAUUAAAGAGGAAAUCGUACACUAUAGAAAUAACUGCAAGUGUAUGCUCAAUGAUGCCGAAGAAAAAACAAAAGACCAGGAAAUUCAGCAGCUUGCAGAAGCUUUAAAAGAGAAAAAUGACUACUUGGCUGAGCUCAAGCAUGAACGGCAUUCUCUUGAUCAAAAGUUGAAGGAUCUGACUGAAGAUCUAAAACAACAAGGUCAUGCAUGUGAUGCUGCUUUGUCUUUACUUGAAACAGAAAAAGCAGCAACCGCCAAACUAACAAAUGAGAACAGAGCACUUGUCAAUGAGCUCGGUGAUUUCCAGCAAGCAGCCAAUGACAUGAAGUCCAGGCUCACAGCCAUGGAAACUGAAUUGAGCAUUAAGACAACGGAGGCAGCCAAGCUUUCUGAGGAGCUCCAAAAAGCCCAAGUUCUUCUCCAAAAGCAUCAAGAAGAGGCUACUGAGCAAUCUCAGAAGAUCAAAUCCCUAAAGCUGGAGGCUGAGAACUUGCGCCAGAAGCUCAGUGCCCAGGAGCUUUCGGAAGGACAAACAAACAAGUGUGUCUUCCAAGAGACCAUCGCAGCUCUUCGUAGAGAAUGUGAGACAGUGAUGUCCAUGUCCCAGGAGAAAAGCAGGAGGAUCAUGACCCUGGAGCAGGAAGUCAGUCAGAUAAGGGAGGAAAUGUGCCAGAAGCAGACCCUGUGCAAUCAGCUUGAGCAGGAGCGAGGUGCUCAGAGAGAGGAGAAGCAACACCUGCUCGGCCGCUAUGAAGCCGAGAAGCUGAUUGUGGAGCAGUUGAAGAGAAGUCACUCUGAGCUGGAGACAGAGCUGCUUGGUGUAAGACAGCAGUUAGCAGUCCUGGAGGAGCAACAGCAGGCCUUUACACACAGCUCGAAGAGAGUUGGAGAGCUGGAGAAGAAGCUCAGUGAGAAAGAGGCUCAUUGUGCAGAUCUGGAACAGAGACUCCUGCAGACCCAGAACAAACUGAACCAGGCGGAGGAGAGAGAUAGACAGGUGGAGAGCUCUCUAAAAAAGAGGAGAAAGGAAGUGGAGGAUAGCCUUGUUCACAAGAACGCAGAACUGGAGAUUAAAGCUCAGGAACUGUUACAAUCUAAAAAACAGGUGAAUGAUGGGCUGGACACAAUUAAGAGGUUAGGUCUUGAUCUGGACCAGAAGGAGAAACGCAUCUCUGAUCUACUUUCUCAGCUGACUGAGAGCAAUGCUGAAACUGAGCAGAUGCAAAAAGAGAUUGCAACCUUGUCUGAAGAAGUCAGUACGCUGCAACAGAAGCUGUGUGACUUGGAGAAAGACAGGGAUCAAGCUCUGAGUGCUGUCGCCAAAAAAGAGCAGAUUAUUGAACAACUGAAGACUGACCAAGCCAACAAAGCUGAAUCACUGCGGCACCAUGAAACCUGUCAAGAGCUUCUGGCCAAGGAAAGGCUCAUUGAGGAAAUGUGUCGCACCCUGUCAGAUGAAAAGAGGUCACGGACGGAACAAGAGCGACUUCUGGAGGCUAGACUCAAUGAGAUUGAAUCGUUAAGUGGAGAGCUUAUGAAGCUGAAGGAGAGCUGUCAGAGAAAGAGUGUGACUGAGUCUGGACCUGAUCACUCGCACCACGAGGAGCAAAAAAUAAAAAAAGCUUCAGUUCUUUUGACACAGACUUCCGUGCACGAGUCCUCAGUGCUCUCUACCGAGGGUGAGAGAGAAAAGCGCUUCCCCAAGCCCGAGCUGGAGAUCAGCUUCACCCCUCUCAAACCUGACCGUCUGAACAUCCGCAGGCCAGGAGACGACGAGUCAGUCACAGUCAAAAUCAAACGCACAGCCAGGAAGAGGAAGAGUGCUGAGAUAGAGAACUCAGUGGAGUCAGAGAACAGGAAGAACAUGCGACUUAGAGGAAACUCCAGGGCUAAUAUACAACGUGUAGAGUCCCCCACAGUGCUUGGCAAAAAGGCCAAUCAACUGAAGCAAAAAGAUUCUCCUGUUAGCCUGAAAGGCAGUAAAGACAGAACUCUGCAGAAGAUUGGUGACUUCAUCCAAAGCUCUCCGACCCUCCUAGGGAGCAAAGCUAAAAAGAUCAUGGCAAAGGUUGCUUUAAAAUCUCCAGAGCCAGAGAACAACACCGAGACGAGCAGCAAACCCAAGAGAUCAAAGCGCAAGCUGUUUAAGACGCAAAUCUCCUCCCCUCUCGACAUACCUUCACAUCCGAUCAUCGGAAUGGAUCAAGACAACAAAGAAAGCGAUCAUCUCAUUAUUAAAAGAAAACUUAGAGCAAGAACAGCCAAAUGAUUUCAGCCUUAAGCAGCUUCCUGGUAGAGUUAAUUAGCAUGUGGUGAACUUGUGCUGAAAGUUUUAGCAAAGUAGGAGGGCUGAUAUAGAAGAUUUUGUCCAUAUUUAUGUAAAUAGUGAGACGAUUUUUAAAUUUGUGUAUAUAUAUAUACUUUAUAGUUGGUCGAGCUUUAAUAUUGCACUGUUAGACAUUGCAAAACUGCUUUCUGUUUUUCUUUGCAUCUGAUUUCUUUUUUAUGAAAAAAAUGAAAUGAUGGGAAAAUACAUAUUGUAUUUCAAAAUGUCAAAUGAAGCUCAGGUGCUCUCGUGGAAGCUGGUUCGUUGUCAUUCUGAGGUUAAUUCUGUAAUAGUCAGGCUCUGCUCAGAACAAAAGCAUUUUUAAACUAUUAAAUGAGUCUUGUGAA